AUUUAUUUUGAAAUAUUUUUUAAGUAUCUGGAUGAACAUAUGCAUGUAUGUACUGUAUGUGUGCGUGGUCAAUGGCAGACCAAAAUAGGCCUUUAAAAAAACUAAAAAAUACAUGUAUAUCUAUAUGUACGAAUCCCUUAGAUCAUGUCUGAUGUAGUUUAGCUAUAUGAAUCCAAUUGAUUGAUGGAUGACAGAUUAAACAGAACAUAAAGGUCAAAGUUGAGCUAUAAGAAAGACAAACAAAGUUUUAUCAUACUAUUACUAUACCUGACAAAGCUGCUGAUUCAUCUUCACACUGGUGUCUAAUCUCAGAGAAGCCCUUACAUCUCACUCAGAGCUAAGUUUUAGCCUAGACUCUUCACCGCUUCAUUUGACUCUUAUUAAGAUGUCCUUGUAACUAAAGCCAGGUUAACCAAAAACAUCUUAGCAAUUUGACCAGCUUUAUUCCAGGAUAAGCAAGUGGAAAGAACCGAAACUUGAUGCUUAGGGGUUAAAGUGAUUAGCAAGAAGUGUCACAGCUCAGGCCAAGAUUAGCAUGCAUGCUCAGAUAACUUGAUGAAGUCAGGCCAAGACAUUGUUGAACGCAAAUGAUAACACAAAAACACACGUGUAACAGGAUAAACAAGGCAGCUGAGGCAAAGAGGUCUCGCUAAUGUUUAGCUAGCAUGUUUACAAUGUUCGCUUUAUUAGUUCAACCUGUUAGCUAUUCGCCAAUUAGCACUUCACUCAAAGUACAGCUCAGCAAUGUCUUAAGAAAUGCGUGAGAACACUUGAGCCAUGAGUAAAAGUUUGCCUGACAAUAUAAAAUAGGAAGAUGAACUUUGUGUUUGCACAAUGUGUUAGCAUUGUUCGUGACUAUCAAGUGUCGUCAAAAGUUGACAGUCUGCUCUGUUGAGCAUGAUUUAAGAGAGUUCACUAGCCAACGGUACCAUUUCAUCAUUGCAUUCAUAGCUUUAGGGUCACAUAGGGCCAUCAACGCUAAUGUUGCAAGUGUUUGCUAACUGCUAAAUAUAUUAUUGUUGGCAUUGUUAGGAUGUGGCAAUCUGAAUUCUUUUCAGAUUGCCACAUCCUCUUCUGUCGUUCAAAUCAACUGAGGAUGAGAUCAAUAAAAAAAAAUGAACUGCAACUUGAGAAAUAGUCUAAAAGGCAAAAUUCAGUUUUGAAUGUAGGUUGUUUUUUUGUUUUUUUAAAUGCUUGAUGAGACCCCAACCUUUGUUUUCAUGUAUGCUUUUAUUUCAAGCCAAGCUUCCAGAGAGUUCAAGUGGGCAAAGAUAAAUGAAAAAACAAGACGGCAAGAGGAGAAAGUUUUUACCUCAACUUUAAAUGUGGUCUGAAAAUGUUUUAAUGCAGAAAUUUGAGCUUUCUUAAAUCUUUCCCUUUUAAACGCGAUGACUGGAGUCAUUUACAUGCAUAGUCACUGUUCCCUCUCCUCCUCUACUUCCAGUCUAUUCUCAGUCUGAAUUAAAUUGUAUAUCAUCACUGUAGCAGCAGCUACUCAAACAUGCUGUUCCACCUACUCCUCUUCCGAUGAAUUUAAAGCUGUUGUGGCAAAAGAGGAUCAACCUGCUGCUAUUCUAGGGCUCUAUGUAAUCACAUCAACCAGUAUUUUUGUAAUAAUAGCUGUGAUUAGAAUAGAUCAAAUGCCAAUUGAGUCAAUCCCUGUUAUUUAACCUUAUAAUGUCACUCUACACAACAUUUAACCCCCCGGAUAAAUCUUAACGGUAAUGACGAGCGCUAACAGCCUCCCUGAGGCUGAUAAACAGAUAUGAGGCAGCAGCGUCAUUAACCAUCAUACUUAUAUUAUGAAUGAAAGAAUAACUACUUACAGCCAUAAAGUUGACAAUUAGAUUGGAAUAUUGUAUUAAACUAUGAUUGUAGAUGUUGAUAGUGCUACUAAAUUUGUCUCACCACUGUUGAAUGCUGCCUAUAAGGGAUGAGCGGCUUGGCCUAUUCUUAGAAAGUGAUUGUUUGCCUUUGCUAUUUGUGAGUGUGGGGUGGGUGUACAUUGUACUCCUUUGUUGCAUUAUUAUCUCGCUAAACCCUUGUCCCUUUUUGGGUCAUUAUUCAUCUUAUUACAUGCUACAAGUUUAGAGUACAAUUUCUUCUUUUUUGCUAGUUCUAAAUUUGAAGAUAUUUUGAACACACACAUGUUUGUAUGCUAAAUUUGGUGCUAAAGCUAAACAUUAAACUUAAAGCUCCUGUAAAGGGUUUUUAAUUGGUUGACAAACAGACUGAAAUGAAUACUACUGCCUCUACCUGACCUACAAAAGCAAAUUUGACCAUCAGAAAAAAGAUUGGCUAUUUCUAUAUUUACACAUUUAUCCGCACGGAGAAGGAGAAAAGAGGUAUCAAUUUGUCACAGAGGAAACCAUCGUAAAUACACGAACUGAAAGUUCCUCACAGGAGUUUUAAUCCAUAAAACAGCAUACAAGGAUAAUUAAUUACAGCUUUUCAUAUAAUUUGUUCUGAAAGGUAAAAAUACAAAGGAUAAAAGCGACAACUAUUCCUCAGUAUGCUAACUUCCUGGAUAUGUGGCUAGCCGCCUACUAUCUGGUCCUGGCUAAGGAGUACCGCUUGUAACCCGUAAAAUUGCAAAUUUUGAUGUUUUAAACGUUUUUUGGAUGGAUAAAACAAACAGAUAAUCAUGUCUUUUUUUGGGGUUUAGAAAAGGUCCUGGUAGGCUGGGCUAGCUGUCUACCCCUGUAUCAGUCCUUUAACUCAACUAGCUCCACCCUUUGGCAGACAAUGAAUAUUUCUAUGACAUUUAUUUUUAUUUUUGUAUUUUUUUUUACCAAUUUAUAAUUUUGUUUAUAUCUAAGUCUGUUUCAAGCAACAAAAGUCGAUAUCAGGACAAUUCCAUUAAGGUAAUGCCCCUUGAUUUAUUAUUACACUCCUCUGGAGUUGUCUCAGUGUCAGCCGUGGUGAUAUCUCAAGUCUGGUCCCAUGCCAACACAUUCUUGGGACCAGACGUUAUAUCUGCGGUCCAUGCACUACACAGCUCUCAUAAAAAGCUGCCUAUUGUCUUCAGCGGACACUGUUUGACUCUCUGCACCACUACAGACAACCACUCUCAGGAGCCCAACAGACCUGCAGAGAUGAAUCCCAAAGGGGUUAAGCCGAAGUCGAAGAUUUCGGCUUCACGCAAGCUGUCCCUCAAGAUGCUUCUCCUUACGAGAGCUUGUGAGGAUUUGGAGAGGGAGCGGCAGGAGAGGGAGGAGGAGAAAGUGCGCUAUCUUGGAGACAAGUUGCCCCCUUUGCAGCUGUCUGGAUUACCACUCGAAGAGCUACAAAGUCUAUGUAAACAGCUUCAUACAAAGAUUGAUGUUGUGGAUGAGGAGAGGUACGACUGUGAGUCCAAAGUCAACAAACACAACAAAGAUAUUCACGAGCUAAAGCUGAAAGUACAGGACCUUGGAGGAAAGUUCAAAAAGCCGGCACUGAGGAAGGUGAGGGUGUCUGCAGACGAGAUGAUGAGGGCUCUCCUGGGCUCCAAACACAAGGGCUCCAUGGAUCUCCGAGCCAACCUCAAGUCUGUGAAGAAGGAGGACGUCAAACAGGACAAGGUGCUCACUACUGAAGUGGGUGACUGGCGUAAAAAUGUGGAAGCGAUGUCAGGCAUGGAGGGUCGCAAGAAGAUGUUCGAUACAGCGGGUGGAGCACAGUGAGACUCGCAAAAAAUGAUGACGCUAGAACACUUUAGCUGAGCUGGGGAAAAAAGGUGUCUAGAAAAGAAUGGAGUACCAGAAUGCUUAAUGACUCAGAACCUGUAGGAAUUAAGAUAAAGGCUUUUCAGCAGCGCCUCCAUAGACAGUGCAAUGACUCAGAACACUUACAGAAAAGUUUAGUUUGAGUAGAAACCCAUUGUUUUGUUUUUUUAUUACCAACGUGUUUUCUUAUGACAUCUUUAGACAAUUAAAGUGGAUAUGAAUAAACACUCAGUCUUUGAUGUUC